GGGCGCUGUCGCGCUCCGCCGCAGUCGCUCUGUCCCCCCCCGGUACCCGCUCCGCUGCCGGCCGGGCCGCGCCUGCAGCGGCGACACCGGCGAUGAGAUGACAUCGUCCACGCUGCAGAAAGCCAUUGACCUGGUGACCAGAGCCACGGAGGAGGACCGGGCCCGGAACUACGCGGAGGCUCUGCGGCUGUACCAGCACUCGGUGGAGUACUUCCUGCACGCCAUCAAAUAUGAGGCUCACAGCGACAAGGCCAAGGAGAGCAUCCGAGCCAAGUGUGUGCAGUACCUGGACCGGGCGGAGAAGCUGAAGGACUAUCUGCGGAGCAAGGACAAGCACGGCAAGAAGCCGGUGAAGGAGGCCCCGGCGGACAGCAAGGGGAGCGACAGUGACAGCGAGGGCGAGAACCCGGAGAAGAAGAUGCUGCAGGAGCAGCUGAUGGGUGCCAUCAUGAUGGAUAAGCCCAACGUGCGGUGGAGCGAUGUGGCCGGCCUGGAAGGAGCCAAGGAAGCCCUGAAGGAGGCUGUGAUCCUGCCCAUCAAGUUCCCACACUUGUUUACUGGGAAGCGCACACCCUGGCGAGGGAUCCUGCUCUUCGGGCCCCCUGGCACUGGCAAGUCCUACCUGGCCAAGGCUGUGGCCACUGAGGCCAACAACUCCACCUUCUUCUCGGUGUCAUCCUCUGACCUGAUGUCCAAGUGGCUGGGAGAGAGUGAGAAGCUGGUGAAGAAUCUCUUUGAGCUGGCAAGGCAGCACAAGCCCUCCAUCAUCUUCAUUGAUGAGGUGGACUCCCUGUGUGGCUCACGCAAUGAGAAUGAGAGUGAGGCUGCUCGGCGCAUCAAGACGGAAUUCCUGGUGCAGAUGCAGGGUGUAGGGAACAGCAGCGAUGGGAUCCUGGUGCUGGGUGCCACCAACAUCCCCUGGGUGCUGGAUUCUGCCAUCAGGAGAAGGUUUGAGAAGCGCAUCUACAUCCCACUGCCCGAGGAGGCAGCACGGGCCCAGAUGUUCAAGCUGCACCUUGGCAACACCCCACACAGCCUGACGGAGGCCAAUAUCCAGGAGCUGGCCCACAAGACCGAUGGUUACUCGGGGGCUGACAUCAGUAUUAUUGUGCGGGAUGCCCUGAUGCAGCCUGUGCGCAAGGUGCAGUCGGCCACACACUUCAAGAAGGUCCGUGGUCCCUCCCGCACCAACCCUGGCACCUUUGUGGAUGACCUCCUGAUGCCAUGCUCGCCUGGCGACCCGGGAGCCACUGAGAUGACCUGGAUGGAGGUGCCCAGUGACAAGCUGAUGGAGCCCAUGGUCUGUAUGGUGAGUGUGGUCACUGCCGCAGCACCAGGCACCCAUCCUGGUGCAUGGAGGCUGGUGCAGGCCAGCAGUGCUGCAGCCCUGGCCCUGCCACAUCCCUGUACCUCCUCCAGUCUGUCGUCCCCAGGCCAAAGGUUGGUGAGGGCUGGGGUGUGUUAGGGGGUCCUUCCGCUUGUGGGAACCCCUUGGGAUACAGUGGCCCAUGGCAGAUCCCAGGUGGGCAGAGCUGCCUGCACUGCGGGAGGGGGGUCCCUACCCUGUGCCAGCUUGCAGCCGCCUGUAUUACAGUCGGACAUGCUGCGCUCUCUGGCCACCACCCGUCCCACCGUCAACACCGAGGAUCUGCUGAAGGUGAAGAAGUUCACGGAGGACUUCGGACAGGAAGGCUGAGGGGGGGUAGGGUGUGGGGCU